AUGUCGUCCUCAUCAAAUCCAACACCACCGCCCAACAACACCAACACCAACAUGGCCCUCUUCGAGCCCAUCCUCACCGACACCGGCUUCGCCCUCCUCCAGCGCAACACCGCCGCCCACCUCCCUUCCUCCGACCGCCGCGGCCGCAAGAAGCAGGCCGCCGCCGCCGACCCCGGCCGCUUCCUGGGCGUCCGCCGCCGCCCCUGGGGCCGCUACGCCGCCGAGAUCCGCGACCCGACCACCAAGGAGCGCCACUGGCUGGGCACCUUCGACACCGCGCAGGAAGCCGCCCUCGCGUACGACCGAGCCGCCCUCUCCAUAAAGGGAGCCAACGCCCGCACAAACUUCAUCUACGCCGACAUACACACGAACCCCGCCCUUCCCGCCAACUCCUUCCAACUUCAUAAUUACGAAAAUACCCUUCCUCCUCCUCCUUCUCUUCCUUCUCCUCCUCUCGUCAACUCUGGCUAUUUGGACUGUGUUGUUCCAAAUGAGUAUCUCAACCCGUCCAAGAAUUCGGGCGGAGAAAUCUUGGAUUUUUCUUCCACAUAUAAUCACAUGGAUAUGGGUCUUGCGCCAUGGGAUGAUAAUAAUAAUAAUAAUUUUGUGGAGAACAUUAAUAAUAAUUAUAAAAAUGAAAUUAGGGAUGAAGUUGGAUGCUAUGGGUCGUGGGAUUCGAGUUGCUGCGAGCUUUCUGCAGUGAUAAACAACAACAGCCCUUCAUCAUCAUCAAUAUCAAUGACGCCUCACAUCACAACAACAAACAGUAGUCCAGAUUUUCAAAUGACGGCGGCCUCAUCUUUUUUCCCUUCUUUCGGGGAUCCACUUGAUUUGGCAGCCCAAUAUUCGCUAUUUUGA